CGUACAAGCGAAAAAUCUCUAUCUCAAGAUUCCCAGCAAAGUGUGUUGGCAGGAACUCAUGGUCAAUUGUGUCCCACCAGGAGAAUUGAUGCUGUCCUUUGAUAACGUGCAGGCCUUUGCAAGCACAGUUUCCCAAUGCUGUAUCUAUUACCCAACCUUAAGGGGCUUUUGGUGUGCAGAAGGCUCAACUGCAGACAAGACCAAUGUGUACUUUCCUAAAUCGUGUGCAAUCAACUUUAGAGAUUGCUCUUGCGGCGGUUGCCUUGAGUGUCUGAAGCGCUCCUUGUCAGAUGAUCAUGCAUGAUCGUUCGGAGUAUUGAGCCUCUG